UUUUUUAAAAUCGAUUCCUGGCCUGAUAAUGUAAAAAUCGACUUUUGUACGAAUUUGCAUAAAUUUUUAUGCGAAUUGACGGAUUUUAGAUUUAAAAUGUUAGGAUUGACGGUAUUAUAUCUUCCUUUGGAAGGAAGUGAUCUCAGUAUUGAUGAAGCAAGUGUCAAUAAAGAUUUGGCAAAAAGACUUGAAUUAGUGUUAAGUUAUUGGUUAAAUCAGAUGAAAAUUGCCAUCACCGAUAAGGAACAAUUGGCAACUAAUGAAUUAUUGUGCGUUAAAGAUGAAUAUGAUUUUUGGGCCUAUAGACAUAAAAAUCUCAGUGGAUUAAUGUAUCAAUUAAAAUUGCCUCUAGUUAGGCAUAUUAUUAAUAUUUUGACAAAUUCACAAUCGACAUAUAUGAGACAAUUUUUCCUCUUGAAUGAGGAAAUAAUAAAUUCAGUUAAAGAAGCGCAAUCGAAUAUUGAAUUUUUGACAAUUUUAAAGCAACCUUGCACAGAACUUGCCGAAAGUUCAACACCAAUGGAAAUUGUUCAACAUUUACCGAAAAUAAUACAACUUUUUCGUGUAAUUUGGCUGAAUUCGCCGUAUUUGAAUUCCACUGAGAAAAUAAAUCAGUUAUUUGAUUUCUUGAGUAAUCAGCUCAUCAAGUGUUGCAUUGGAUUUAUUAAUUUGACGGAAAUUUUUUCUGGAAAGACAAGAAAAUCUAUGAAAAUUCUCGAAGAAUGCAUUGGCAGUUGUCGAAAGUACAUGGAAAUUUAUGAUCGUAUUGCCGAAGCUCAUGACAAAGCCACCGACGUUAAAUGGACUCUGAAUAGAGAAGAAAUAUUCAAAAAUAUUUUUAUUUUUGUCGAGAGAUGUGAAAACCUGAUCGAAAUUUGCCAAGCCAUGAUAGACUUUGGAAGAAUGGACGAGACGAUGACAACGGGAAAACCAUUUUUUCGCGGUACGAGGGGACCAGAAUUUGAGGCAACUUGUCAAAAUAUUGAGGACGAAUUUAUUAAUUAUUUGAAUUCGGUGAAAUUAAUUUCCCAUAAAAUUUUAAAUGUCCAUCAAGUGACUUGGCACGAUGAUAUGUUCAUUUUUCGUGGUAAAAUGAAGGAUUUGGAAAUAAUGAUCGAAAAUUUACUCAAUAUUGUGUUUAGCUACAAUGACACGAUUGAAGAUGGUGUCUAUGCGCUUUAUGGCUUUUACAAUUAUCUCAGUCGAGAAACUUUGAAGCCAAUUUUUGAAAAUAAAACCACACGCAUAUGGAGAAUGUUUGAAAAGAGAAUUCUCGACGCAAAAACUGAGGUGAUUGAUGAGAGGGAGAAAUAUCCGGCAAUGUUACCCUAUUAUUCGGGGAGAGCGAAAAAUUUACAAAUGAAAAUUGCCAAACUUGUGAGGAUACGUGAAUUAUUGAAACACGCCGAUUGGAUGCCAUUUUGUAAUAUUGCUGACGUGAUAUGUGAAAAAUACGAUAGUCUCGUGCAAUCGCUGAAUGGAAUUGUUAAGACUCUUUAUAGAAAAUGGAUUAAUUACAUUGGCGAGAAUCCACAGGAGCGAUUAAAUUGCUUUCUAAUGAAGAGAAAAAGUGACGAAAUUAAUUAUAAACUUGAAUGCAAUAUGGAUCCGCUUAUUUUAGAAUUGUGUCGUGAUGUCAAUCAUUGGCCCGAUUGGGAUUUUUUGAUACCAAACGACAUACAAAUAAUUACCGAUAAAGCCGAAACAUUGCUCUUUGUCUACGAGAGCGUUAUUUUUGUUGUUUUGGCGUACAAUAAAAUUUUAGAUGUACUCUCUUGUGAGGAGCAACUUUUGUUCAAGAAUUUAAUUAAAAUUUUGGAUCGUCAAAUUCAACCGGGAUUGGUGAAAUUAACAUGGAAUUCUGAUUUUAUAGAAGCAUUUGUUAAAGAAUGUACAAUUCACACAAGAAAGCUCCAGGAAAUAAUUGACACGUACAAAACUUGUAAUUUACAAAUAAUGAAAAUUUGUGAAAAUAUUUGUGAAAUUUCGUUAGUUCAAAUUCGACCAAAUUAUUCCUACGCCUUGUCGGAUUUAAUUCAGGAUAUUUUAAAUUCAAGGGACCAAGCUUACGAUAAUAUUGUGAAAAAUCACGAAAUUAUUGUUCAACUUUUGUUUGUCGUGUACCAUGGAUUUAUGCACGUUAUUGAAAAAACUCUUACAGAGUGGACUAUUUAUUUGGCGAAAUUGGAUACACUUUUGGAAGAAGCUUUUAAAGUGUGUUUGAAUAAUUCACUAAAUGUAAUAUUCGAAGCUCUACAUGGAGAUGGCACAACAGCUCCAUCGCCUCUUCUAUUAAUGGAAGCAGAAUUAUUAGACACAAAGAUAAAUUUCAAUCCGAGUUUGACUGAAAUUUCCAAUUUUUUUGACGAUAUUCUAAUGUGUCUUGUGCAACCCUUGAAAUUAAUUGAAAGAUUACAACAAUCUUUUCAUAGUAAUUCACCGAUUUCGAAACCAUUUUGGGAGAUUUUGUUAAAUGAUACAGAAACUGCUCGAUUACAACAAGCUUGCAAUAAAGAAGUAGGUUACUGUUUUACGCAAAUUCAAAAUUACUUGAAAACUUGGGAACCAUUUCGAGAUUUAUGGGAAAUUAAUAAGGACCAGUUUAUCGAAAGAUACGAAAAGUCAAAUCCAAGUGUAGCAUUAUUUGAUGCGGAUAUUGGCCAGUAUACGGAAUUGGCUAAUAAUGUUCAACAACAAGACACGAUGGUGACAGUUCAAUUUGUGAAUAUUAAUUGUGAGAAACUAAAGUUAUCUGUCAUUGAUCAAUGUUUCACAUGGCAGGAGAAGUUUAUUCAAUUACUAUUGAGAACUGCAGAUGAGAAAAUUAAUGGAAUCUACAAAUAUAUUUCGGAAAAUAGUAGAAAAAUACAGAAAAUGCCCACAGAUCUUGUGACAAUGCAAAUGAGUAUGAAAUUCUUUCAGAAACUUAAGACCGAAGUUUCUAAAAAAGAGGGCGAAUUCCCUGAGAUUCGCGAGCAGUAUCAAACAUUAGAAAAAUACGAGGUUCAAAUGACUUUGGAAUUUAAGAGGCGAGUCAGAGAUUUAGAUUCGAUAUGGUCUGAAUAUUUGGAAUUAUUGGCAACAUGCGAAAUUUCGCUAUUGGAGAAAAAGGAUGAAUUUAAAAAUAAAUUGCUGCAAGAAACUGUUUUCCUGAAAGCGCUAAUUUUAAAAUUAGUAACAAGAUUUUAUGACGAGGGACCUUUUACUUCAGAAUGGAUUACUAAAGAUGCUAUUCAGUGGCUCGUGAAAUUUCGUAAGGAAAUGUCAGAAUUGUCAACAAAGGAAAAAAUUCUAAAAGCGAAUUUAUCAAUUUUUGCCAUUAGUCAUCCUGAUUCGAUAGAAUUAAUUAAAUUGGACAAGGACGUGACUGCUAUUGAACUUGUGUGGAGUCUUACUAACGAUUGGGACCAAAGUUGGGAGAAUUAUAAGACAGGAAAUUUCUGGAGCAUUGACUUAAGUGAAAUGAGCGAAACUGGAAAUGUACUUUUUAGAAAACUCACUAGAUUGUCCAGAGAAUUGAAGGAGAAAAAUUGGGAAAUUGUCGACAACUCAAGAUCACGAGUUGAUAAAUUUCGAAGAACUCUUCCAUUAAUUACGGAUCUAAAAAAUACGGCGAUGAGAGAACGUCACUGGAUGAAAGUAAAGGAAUUAGUACAAAGGGAUUUCGAUGAAAAUUCUCAAGAAUUCACCUUAGAUGUAAUUGCGGAAAUGCAAAUGCAUUUAGUUGCUGAUGAAAUUGGUGAAAUUUCCAACGCCGCAACAAUGGAACUUGGAAUAGAAUUGGGACUGAGAAAUAUUAGUCAAAUUUGGAACGUAAUGCCAAUAGAAAUGAUGGCUUAUAAAGACAAAGGAGUCUAUCGAUUAAAAACAGUGGACGAAAUUAAUCAAGCUUUGGAGGAACAUCAGGUUCAAUUAUCUGCCAUGAAGUCGACCAAAUUUGUUGAGCCAUUUGCUGAUCAAGUUGAUUAUUGGGAACGUGCUUUGUCGACAGUUGGGGAAGUUUUGGAAAAUGUUUUGAUGGUACAGAGAGGAUAUGUUUAUUUGGACAAUAUUCUUAAUGCGGAAGAUAUUAGAAAACAAUUGCCACAAGAGACGGAGGAUUUCAGUAAAAUAACCGAAGCCUGGGCUAAAGUUACUUCGAAAAUGUCUGAAGCUGCUUUCGCCAUUCCUGCAACCCAAGAACAAAGUUUACUCAAUGUUUUACUCGCUCUAAAUAAAGGAUUAGAGUCAAUUCAAAGAGCUCUUGAGCAAUAUUUAGAAAUAAAACGACACAUAUUUCCGAGAUUUUACUUCAUCUCCAAUGACGAUUUAUUAGAAAUUCUUGCGAAUUCAAAGAAACCGGAACUUAUUCAGCCGCAUAUGAAAAAGCUUUUUGAUAACAUCAAGUCCCUAAAACUGAUUAAGACUACGACAUUGAAAUUUAUUGCCGAGGGAAUGCUCUCCAGUGAAGGCGAAUAUGUUGAAUUUUUAAAGCCUGUUCUUUUAGAAGGACCUGUUGAAAAAUGGUUAUGUGACAUUGAGAGUGCAAUGAGAGUUUGUUUGAGGGAACUUUUACGACAAUGUCGGGCGGCUCUUCGAAAAAUGACAACGAAGCGAGAUAAAUGGGUGAAAGAUUGGCAAAGUCAACCUGGAAUAACUGCAACGCAAAUUCAGUGGACCACAAAUUGUACGAGGACCCUCAUGCUUUGCAAAUUAUUAGAUUCGAAAAAACCGUUAAAAAAAUUGAGAAAGAAGCAAAAUCAGGCACUCGCUAAAUAUUCAGAAGCAAUCCGUGGAAAUUUGAGUAAAUUACAGAGAUUGAAGUUCAAAGCAAUUGUUGUUAUUGAAAUUCAUGCAAGAGAUGUAAUUGAAAAAAUGUACAGAAUUAACUGCAGAGAUUCGUCCGCUUUUGAGUGGUUGUCGCAAUUGAGAUUUUAUUGGGAAAAGAAUAUUGACAACUGUAUUGUUCGACAGACGAAUACUUCUUUUAUUUAUGGAUACGAAUAUCUUGGCAAUUCUGAACGAUUAGUAAUCACGCCUCUAACUGAUAGGUGCUACAUAACUUUGACGACUGCGCUUCAUUUGAAUCGGGGAGGAAGUCCCAAAGGACCGGCAGGAACGGGAAAAACAGAAACUGUCAAAGAUUUAGGAAAAGCAUUGGGUUUCAAUGUAAUCGUUACAAAUUGUUCCGAGGGUUUAGAUUACAAGAGUAUGGGGCGUCAAUUUUCUGGACUAGCACAAACUGGAGCCUGGGGAUGUUUCGAUGAGUUUAACAGAAUUAAUAUCGAGGUGCUGUCGGUGGUGGCACAGCAAAUUUUAUCGAUUCUCUCGGCACUGUCACAAAAAUUAACGAAAUUCAUAUUCGAGGGUGCAGAAAUUUCGCUCGUGAAAACUUGUGGUAUUUUCAUCACCAUGAAUCCUGGUUACGCUGGACGUACAGAAUUGCCAGAUAAUCUCAAAUCAAUGUUUCGUCCGAUAUCAAUGAUGGUGCCUGACAGUAGUAUGAUUGCUGAAAUCAAUCUUUUUGGAGAAGGUUUCCAAAAUACUCGCUCUCUCGCCAAAAAGGUGUUCACCCUAUAUAAUUUGGCGAAGCAACAACUUAGUAUUCAACAUCAUUAUGACUUUGGACUUCGUGGAAUUGUGACAUUGACAAGAUAUGCUGGAAAGAAAAGACGUCUCUAUCCUGAUUUGCCCGAAGAAGAGGUGAUCAUUCUCGCUAUGAAGGACAUGAAUAUAGCAAAACUGACAUCGAACGAUUUGCCUCUCUUCAUUGCCAUUACUUCUGAUCUAUUUCCAGGCGUGAAUGUCCCAUCAGUCGAUUAUCAAGAAAUGAAUACUUACAUUACUCGAGAAGCCGUUAAAUUAAAGUUACAACCAAUUCCGUUGAUUUUGAGAAAAACAAUAGAGUUAUUUGAGACGAAAAAUUCACGACAUUCGACGAUGAUUGUGGGAAAAUCGAAUACAGCGAAAUCAGCUACGUGGACGGUAUUGAAAAAUACGUUGACUUCGUUAAACAAGGAUGGAAAGCAAGGUUUUAAUUCUGUCUAUGAAUUUCCGAUAAAUCCGAAAGCUUUAAAUUUAGGAGAAUUAUAUGGAGAAUAUAAUUUGUCGACUGGCGAAUGGCACGAUGGAGUUAUCUCUUCAAUAAUGCGAAAUACAUGCGCUGACGAUUCUCCCGAUGAGAAAUGGAUUCUAUUCGAUGGACCCGUUGAUGCUGUUUGGAUCGAAAAUAUGAAUAGCGUUAUGGACGACAAUAAAUUAUUAACGUUAAUUAAUAACGAUCGCAUUGGAAUGCCAGAACAAGUUAGUUUACUGUUCGAAGUAGAAGAUUUGGCCGUAGCUUCUCCGGCGACUGUCUCCAGAGCUGGAAUGGUUUACAAUGAUUACAAAGAUUUGGGAUGGCGACCCUAUGUUAAAUCUUGGUUGCAGAAAUAUGAUAAGCCAGAAUUUAUCCACGAGAUGAACGAAUUAUUUGAAGAAUACGUGGACAAAAUUUUAGAAUUCAAACGUUUAAAUUGUGAGGAAAUUGUACCGGUGCCUGAAUUAAAUGCCGUUCAAUCGCUUUGUAAAUUAUUGGAAGUUCUCGCUACUCAAAAAAAUGGCGUAAUUCUUGGUGAAGAUCCUGACGAUUACAGUAAAAUUUGUAAAAAUUGGUUCCUCUUCUGCAUGAUUUGGUCGGUAUGUGCGUCAGUGAAUGAAGAGGGUCGUCAGAAAAUGGACAAUUUCUUACGAGAAUCGGAAAGUAGUUUUCCCAUUAAAGAUACAGUUUAUGAAUAUUACGUGGAUGUGCGCCAGAAAAGUUUCGUCUCUUGGGAGGAGAAAUUAUCUGCCUCGUGGAAAAUUCCCACAGGAAUUCCAUUUUAUAAAAUUGUUGUCCCAACGGUCGACACAAUAAGAUACGAAUAUCUUGUUAGUGUCUUAUUGGAUCAUGAAUUUCCUGUACUUUUGGUCGGUCCGGUGGGAACUGGGAAAACAUCCACUGCACAAUCUGUAUUUGAAUCUUUAGACAAUAUGAAAUACAGUUUUUUGGUUAUAAACAUGUCGGCUCAAACUACUUCAAAAAAUAUUCAGGAAGCUAUUGAAAGUAGAGUUGAGAAGCGAACGAAAGGAGUUUUCGUUCCAGUUGGAGGGAAAAAUAUGAUAACAUUUGUAGAUGAUUUUAAUAUGUCGAUGAAGGAAAUUUACGGAUCACAACCUCCAUUGGAAUUGAUACGUCAAUGGCUGGGAUAUGGAUUUUGGUAUGAUAGGCAGAAUCAAACGAGAAAAUAUGUUCAAAAAAUGCAGUUGAUUGCUGCAAUGGGUCCACCGGGUGGUGGGAGAAAUACAAUUACAGAGAGACUUCUCACGAGAUUUAACGUCAUUAACAUGACUUUUCCUGUGGAAAAACAAAUUAUUCGGAUUUACGGUACAAUGCUCAAUCAACAACUUUUUGAUUUUCAUCCAGAAGUUAAAGGAAUUUCGAACGAAAUAACUAUGGCUACGAUAGAAAUGUACAAUCGAGUGAUUGUAAAAAUGCUACCAACUCCUGCCAAAAUGCACUAUUUAUUUAAUUUGAGAGACAUUUCCAAGAUAUUUCAAGGAUUAUUAAGAAGUCAUAAAGAUUAUCAGUACUCAAAGACCACAUUUUUGAGACUCUGGAUUCAUGAGUCUUUUAGAGUCUUUAGCGAUCGACUCAUAGACGAAAGAGAUCGAGAAUGGUUUGUGAGUCUAUUGAACGAUGAACUGGGAAAACAUUUUGAAUUAAUUUUCCAUAAUUUAUGUCCGGAAAAAAGAAGUCCUGUUUUCGGAAGUUUCAUGAAUGCCUGGAAUAUGUAUGAGGAUCUUACAGACUUGAGUGCUGUUCGCCGUUAUAUAGAAUUGCAAAUUGAUGAAUAUAACGCUUCCCCGGGGGUUGUUCGUCUUGAUCUCACACUUUUUCGCGAUGCAAUUGAACAUAUAUGUCGCAUUGUUCGAGUGAUUUCACAACCGAGAGGAAAUAUGUUACUGGUUGGCAUUGGCGGAAAUGGAAGACAAUCUCUUUCCCGCGUUGCAGGAUAUAUGUGCGAAUUGAACACAUUCCAAAUAGAAGUGACGAAGAAUUAUCGCGUUCCAGAAUUUCGAGAAGAUUUAAAAAUUUUGUACUCAAAGGCCGGUGUUGAUAACAAGCCAACGAACUUUUUGUUUAACGACACACAAGUGGUGGACGAGCAAUUUUUGGAAAUUAUAAACAAUAUGCUGAGUACUGGAGAAGUUGCUAAUUUAUACAAGAGCGACGAAUUUGAUGAUAUAAAAAGCAAAUUAACGAAAGAUGCUGGCAAAGCUGGAUUUUUGCCAACGUCGGAGGCAAUUUAUAAUUAUUUUAUAGAGAGAAUUAGAGCAAAUUUACAUAUUAUAUUGUGCAUGAGUCCAAUUGGCGAUGCAUUUCGAAAUCGAAUUCGACAAUAUCCGUCGCUUAUUAAUUGCACCACGAUUGAUUGGUUUCUUGAGUGGCCAAGGGAAUCUCUGAUAGAAGUGGGCAAUAAAUUUCUCAUGGAUUUAAAUUUAAUUGUCACUAUCACUGGAGAAAAUAGAAUUGAACCAAGACGAUCAGCCACAGCAAUUCCGUUGGCUCCUCUUCAAGAAAGAAUGCUCGAAGGAAUUUCAUCGACAUUUUCUCUCAUUCACGAUUCUGUUUCGCAAAUGUCAAAAAAAAUGUCUCUGGAGCUAAAGCGAUUUAAUUACGUAACGCCGACUAAUUUUUUGGAACUCGUAGCUGGUUAUAAAAGAAUGUUGUUUGAAAAGAGACAAGAAUUAGCGGGUCAAGCGAAUAAAUUACGUGGUGGUUUGUCGAAAAUUGAUGACACAAAAGAGAAAGUUAAUGAAAUGGCGAUUGAACUUGAAGCGACACAAUUGCAAGUGCAAAAAUCGACAAAAGAGUGCGAGGAAUUUUUAGCGACUAUUUUAAUUCAGCAAAAGGACACGGACGAUACACAAAGAAGCGUGACUGCAAAAUCAAUUAAAAUUGCCGAAGAGUCGAGGGAAUGCAAAAGAUUGGAAGAAAUUGCUCGCGCUGAUUUGGCCACUGUCGAACCUGCAAUUAUCGAAGCUAUUAAGGCUUUGGAUGCGUUGAAUAAGAAAGAUUUGUCGGAAAUUAAAUCCUUCACGCGACCACCACCGAAAGUGGAAAUGGUUAUGGAGGCGAUAAUGGUUUUGAAAAAUUCAGAGAAAUCUUGGGCGGAAGCGAAACGUCAAUUGGGCGAUGUUAAUUUUCUAAAUACUUUGAGAGAUUUCGAUAAGGAUCACAUUUCGGACAAAACUUUAAAGACUAUUAGUCGGUAUACAAAUAAUCGAGAAUUUGAUCCUGUAAAAGUUGGCGUUGUAUCGAUGGCUGCAAAAUCGCUUUGCAUGUGGGUUAUAGCUAUGGAAAAGUAUGGAAAACUUUAUAGAAUUGUAGCACCGAAAAGGGAGAAAUUAGAAUCGGCUUUGGUGUCUUUACGGGAGAAGGAAGCCGCUCUCGCGGAAGCUGAGAAUCAAUUACAAAAAUUACGUCAAGAAUUGCAAAAGUUACAAGCAAUGUACGAUGCUAAAAUGAAGGAGAAAAGCGAUUUAAUUGAGAUGGAAGAGUUAUUGAAGUUAAAAUUGGAAAGGGCAGCAAUGCUACUGGACGGUCUUUCUGAAGAGCGAAUAAGAUGGGAAAAUACAGUUGCAAUUUUAGGAAAUCUUUUCGAUUUAUUACCUGGAGAUUGUUUGAUUUGCACUGCAUUUGUUUCUUACUUGGGUCCAUUUGUCUCUAAUUACAGAGAAGAUUUAUUCAAACAGUGGACCAAUGAAGUCCUCGAGAAAGAAAUUCCAAUGUCUCUCGAUUUGGAUAUUAAACAAUUUUUAAGCAAUCCAACGACAAUCAGAGAGUGGAAUAUUCAAGGUUUGCCGUCCGAUGAUUUUAGUACGGAAAAUGGAAUAAUAGUGACAAGAGGAACACGCUGGCCUCUUGUUAUAGAUCCUCAAUGUCAAGCCGUAAAGUGGAUUAAGAAUAUGGAAGAAGACAAUGAUUUAAAAGUAAUCGACUUUGGACAAUUUGAUUUUACAAAAAUUUUGGAACUGGCUAUUCAAUUUGGAAAGCCGGUACUUUUACAAAACGUUGGCGAAGUUUUAGAUCCGGCAUUGAAUCCAAUCUUGCAGAAGGCUUUCGUUAAAACAGGAAAUCAGAUAAUGAUCAAAUUCAAUGAUAAGAUGAUAACUUUCAAUGAUAAAUUUCGAUUGUUUAUAACUACUAAACUUCCAAAUCCGCAUUAUGCGCCGGAAAUAUCGACGAAAACGACUUUAUGCAAUUUUGCAAUCAAGGAGCAAGGAUUGGAAGCACAACUCUUGGGAAUUGUUGUUAGAAAAGAGAAACCACAGUUGGAAGAACAAAAGGAUAAUUUAGUUUUGACUAUUGCGGCUGGAAAGCGCACCUUGAAAGAACUUGAGGAUAAAAUACUUUAUCUUUUAAGUGUCACUGCGGGAUCACUGUUGGACGAUUUGGAUUUAUUGAAUACGUUGCAAUCUUCAAAAAUGACAUCUGACACAAUUCAACAGUCCUUAAUAAUCACUGAGGAGACAGAAAAGGAAAUCGAUCUUGCUCGUGCAGGAUAUCGUCCUUGCUCGAAAAGAGCGGCCAUUCUCUUCUUCGUUCUGAAUGACAUGAGUCUAAUAGAUCCGAUGUACCAAUUUUCCCUCGAGUCAUACAUCUCUCUUUUCAUGAUUUCAAUCGAGAAGAGUCCGAAGAAUGCCAAACUAAAUGAAAGAAUCAAAGCAUUGAACGAUUAUCACACUUACGCUCUUUACAGAAAUACUUGUAGAGGUCUUUUUGAACAACACAAGCUGCUCUUUUCGUUUCACAUAUGUAUAAAAAUAUUGGAAGCCGAGGGGAAAAUUGUACCUGUGGAAUAUGAGUUUUUGUUGAAAGGCGGAAUUGUCCUCGACAAAGAAAAUCAAUUGGACAAAUCGGUGCAAUGGCUUUCAGACGAAUCCUGGGAUAAUGUUACAGAACUCGAUAAAUUGCCGGGAUUUCAUGGAGCUGCAGAAUCUUUUGAACAAUUUUCCGAAGAAUGGCACAAUUGGUAUAUUCAUACGGAACCGGAGUCACUGGAAUUGCCAGCCGAUUGGGAAAGUGUUUGUGACGAGUUUCAAAAAAUGCUAUUCAUUCGCAGUUGUCGCUCGGAUAGAAUCUCAUUUUGUUUGAUUGAUUUUAUUGCGAAAAAUCUUGGACAAAAAUUCGUGGAGCCACCCGUAUUGGAUGUGAAGGCAGUGCUUGAAGAUUCAGUGGCUCAUUCACCAUUGAUUUUUGUUCUCUCGCCCGGAGUCGAUCCCACUAAUGCACUUUUGCAAUUGGCAGACAAUCAAGACGAGCCCCAACAUAUCAUGACUCUAUCACUUGGCCAGGGACAAGCACCAAUCGCUACCAGAAUGAUUGAAACUGGCAUUAAAGACGGAAGCUGGGUAUUUUUAGCGAAUUGUCAUUUAUCAUUGAGCUGGAUGCCACAAUUGGAUAAAAUUGUUGAAAAUCUAUCGUCCAAUAAAAAUUUGCAUCCAAAUUUCAGAUUAUGGUUGAGUUCAAGUCCAACGCCACAAUUUCCGAUAUCAAUUCUUCAAGCGGGAAUCAAAAUGACUACAGAACCACCAAAAGGCAUCAGGGCCAAUAUGACGAGACUUUACGGCUUGAUGAACGAAAAUCAAUUUGAAAUGUGCCAAGCAAAAUCGAAAUUCAAAAAACUUCUCUUCACACUCGUCUUCUUUCAUUCGAUUCUCAUAGAGAGGAAGAAAUUUCAACAACUCGGUUGGAAUAUCGUCUACAGCUUCAAUGACUCCGAUUUCGAGGUGUCGGAAAAUCUCUUGGAAGUGUACCUGGACGAAUAUCCAGAGACUCCAUGGGAGUCGUUGAAAUAUUUAAUAGCCGGAAUUUGUUACGGUGGACACGUGACAGACGACUGGGAUCGUCGUCUAUUAAUGAGCUAUGUCGAUCAAUAUUUUACUGACGAAACUUUAAAUGUGCCAUUUUAUCGUCUAUCAAGUUUGCCAACGUACUUCGUGCCACGCGACGGUCCUUUUGACUCUUAUAAAGAUUUUAUUUCACUUUUCCCGAACAUUGAUCGUCCCGAAGCAUUUGGUCAGCACACAAACGCUGAUAUUACGUCUCUAAUUAUUGAAAAUCGAGAAAUGUUUACAACGCUCAUGAGUCUUCACGUUCAAGCGCGUUCCAGUGAUGAGGAAACGAACAAAGAGGAUAAAGUAAUGCAAAUGGCAUUGGAUAUUUCGAGUAAAUUGCCAAAUCCCAUAGACUAUGAAUUGGCGGAAAAAUUAAUAGGACCGGAUAAAAAGCCAUUGGAUGUGAUUCUAUUGCUGGAGAUAACGAGAUACAAUGUUCUUUUGAAGAAGACGAACUCAAGUUUAGAGGAUCUUCGACGUGGAAUAGAAGGAUUAGUUUUGAUGUCCUCCGAGUUGGAAGAAAUUUUCACUUGCAUUUAUGAAGGCCGAGUACCAACAUCGUGGCUGUCUGUGUAUCCAUCGUUGAAACUGCUUGGAUCAUGGGCGAGGGAUUUAAUUAGUCGAGUGAAACAUUUUUCUGAUUGGGCCGAAACGACUCAUCAGCCAACGUUAUUCUGGCUUAGUGCCUUUACAUUUCCCUCUGGAUUUCUCACCGCUGUUCUGCAAAUAUCCGCCAGAUCAUGGAACAUUCCGAUUGAUUCCUUAUCUUGGGAAUUCACUGUCUUCACUGAGGAUGAGCAUUUAAUUGAGGAGCCACCAGAAGAUGGAAUUUAUGUGAGAACGAUUUAUCUCGAGGGAGCUGGAUGGGAUUUAGAAAAUGGAAUACUUACGGAGCCUGCUCCAAUGUCACUUGUCUGUAACAUGCCGGUAAUUCAUUUCCGACCAGUGGAAAAUAUCAAAAAGAGAGUUAAAGGAAUUUAUAAUUGUCCCUGUUAUUACUAUCCACAAAGAAGUGGUGCUUAUGUCGUUACAAUUGAUUUAAAUUCCGGCCAAGAAGGAUCUGAUUUUUGGAUAAAACGAGGAACAGCUCUUUUAUUAAGUCUAGCAAAUUAAUUUCUUUUAUUAAUGCAAUUUACA